AAAGGCAAAGAGGUCAAGAGGAGGGCGGAGAAAACCACGUGUGCUCGCCACCGUUUACAUCGCUGUGCUUCCGCCGGAGGCAUGUUUUUAUAAGCCUGUACCCUUCGCAUGUAGUCACCCUGCGCACGACAGCUUAAAAAAAAAAAAAAAGGAGACCAUUUUUUCCGCUUUUGUUCUUUUGCACAGUUGGCCAUCUCGAUUCGGUUUCGGAUUUGCGCAGCCACACUGACUGCCGAUAAUGGUUAGCAAGACAGAUGACAUCCCGGCGUCAGUGCCUAAUUGUAAUCCGGUUGAUCUUGCAAAUGAAGCUGAUGAUGGAGCUCUGGACGGCAACAGGACACCUGUGAAGGGCUCCUGUGGGCACAGUGCAAAUACAGCAAUGGUGAAUGGUGAUGGAGUGUAUGAGCACAUGGAGGAGGUGGAAGCAAAGCAAGAUAGGAAUGGGGAGGCUGAUGGAGGAGAGGAUUCAAAUGAACAGGAAUUGAUAGUGAUUCAGGACACAGGCUUCGCCGUUAAAAUACAAUCACCUGGGACAGAGCCAUUUGACCUCCAGGUUUCACCCCAGGAGAUGGUACAGGAGAUCCACCAGGUGUUGAUGGACCGUGAAGAUACCUGCCAUCGCACCUGCUUCUCCCUUCAGCUUGAUGGAAAUGUACUGGACAACUUUGCUGAGCUGAAAUCUAUUGAAGGCCUGCAGGAGGGCUCACUGCUCAAAGUGGUAGAAGAGCCAUACACAGUACGGGAAGCCCGUAUCCAUGUGCGCCAUAUCAGAGAUCUGCUGAAAAGUCUGGACCCCUCAGAUGCCUAUAAUGGAGUAGAGUGCAACUCCUUGUCUUUCCUCAGCAUCUUCACAGAUGGAGACCUGGGAGAGAGUGGUAAGCGAAAGAAAAAGGGCACAGAGUUGGAGCAGAUAGACUGCACCCCUCCAGAGCACAUCCUCCCUGGCAGCAAAGAUCGCCCUCUGGUGCCCCUCCAGCCACAGAACAAGGACUUUAAGCCUAUGCAGUGUCUAAAGGUCCUGACUAUGAGUGGCUGGAACCCUCCACCCGGUAACAGGAAGAUGCACGGUGACCUCAUGUACCUGUACAUCGUGACAGUGGAGGAACGCCAUGUUAGUGUCACUGCCUCCACGCGUGGUUUCUACCUCAACCAAUCAACUACUUACACUUUCAAUCCCAAACCAGCCAAUCCGAGCUUCCUGAGCCAUUCUCUGGUGGAGCUGCUCAGCCAGAUCAGUCCUGCCUUCAAAAAGAAUUUUUCUGCUCUGCAAAAGAAAAGGGUCCAGCGCCACCCGUUUGAGAGGAUAGCAACACCUUUUCAGGUGUACAGCUGGACAGCGCCACAGGUAGACCACGCCAUGGACUGCGUUCGAGCAGAGGACGCAUACACGUCUCGCCUCGGCUAUGAAGAGCACAUCCCAGGACAGACGAGAGAUUGGAAUGAGGAGCUCCAGACGACCAGAGAGCUUCCCCGGAAGAAUCUGCCUGAACGCCUGCUGAGAGAGCGAGCCAUAUUUAAGGUUCACAGUGACUUUGCAGCAGCUGCCACCCGUGGUGCCAUGGCAGUUAUUGACGGCAACGUAAUGGCCAUCAACCCAGGUGAGGAAACGCGUAUGCAGAUGUUCAUCUGGAACAACAUCUUCUUCAGCCUUGGCUUUGAUGUGCGGGACCACUACCGUGAGUUGGGUGGCGAUGCUGCCGCUCACGCAGCGCCCACCAAUGAUUUGAACGGUGUGCGAGCUUACGGGGCAGUGGAUGUGGAGGGUCUCUACACUCUGGGGACAGUGGUGGUGGAUUACAGAGGUUACCGUGUCACGGCCCAGUCCAUCAUCCCGGGCAUCCUGGAGCGCGAGCAGGAGCAGAGUGUCAUCUACGGCUCCAUUGACUUUGGGAAGACUGUUGUGUCUCAUAGCAAAUACUUGGAGCUGCUGGAGAAGACCAGCAGGCCACUCAAGGUUCACAGACACAACGUGCUAAACGAGAAGAAUGAGCCUGUGGAGCUGUGCUCCUCCGUGGAGUGUAAAGGCAUCAUUGGCAACGACGGACGCCACUAUAUCCUGGAUCUUCUUCGUACCUUCCCUCCUGACCUUAACUUUCUGCCUGUGGAGGAAGAGGAGUUGCCGCUAGAGUGUCAGCAACAAGGAUUCCCUCACCAGCACCGGCACCGCCUGGCAUGUCUUCGACAAGAGCUCAUUGAGGCCUUUGUUGAGCACAGAUACCUCCUCUUCAUGAAGAUGGCAGCGUUACAGCUCAUGCAGCAGAAAGCAAACAAGGACACCAACAAGAUCACUGCACCCAAUGUCCUUGCUCUGACUGUCACAGAAACGUCCCCAGACACAAACGCUGACAACAAGAUGCAGAAAACUGAUUCAGACGCUUCAGUCACACCAGCUGCAGAUAGUCCUCCUCUGGCAGACAUCACCUCUGCUGCCUCACUGGCAGCGAAUGGCAGUGAUGAAAACUCUCUGAAGCUCACAUGUAAUGGGCCUCUAGAUCCUGCAGUCACCCAAAAUGGUGAAUGCAAGAGCCCGCUGGAGGGUAAGGAGCUUGACGAAAAUAUUCCAGGAUUAGCUCAGGCCAAACAGCUGGCGGAGACCUUAGUUGCUGAAGACGGAUCUGGCAUUGAUCCUAAAAGCCGAGAUGUCGUCCUGAAUGCCUGCAAAGCAGUUGGCUCCAUUAGCAACACCAGUUUUGACAUUCGCUUCAACCCUGACAUUUUCUCACCAGGAGUGCGUUUCCCAGAUGACGGUGCAGAAGAUGUGCAGAAACAGAAGCAGCUACUCAAAGACGCUGCUGCCUUCUUAGUGUCCUGUCAGAUCCGGACACUGGUGAAAGAUUGUUUGGACCACAGUACCCUGCCCAUGGAUGGUGCUACUCUGACAGAGGCUUUGCACCAGCGGGGCAUCAAUAUUCGUUACCUGGGCACCGUGCUGGAAUUUGUGGAUAAGACUCCUGCUAAAGCACAACUUGAACACUUCUACAGAAUAGGAAUCAGUGAGCUGAUCACCAGAUGUGCAAAACAUAUCUUCAAGACUUAUCUUCAGGGUGUGGAGUUGUCUGCUCUCUCUGCUGCUGUAAGCCAUUUCUUGAACUGCUUCCUGAGCUCCUUCGCUGACGCUGUUGCCCACCUGCCUCCCGAUGAGCUGGUAUCUCGUCGAAAAAGCCGUAAACGUCGCAACAGAGUUGCCGGCAGUGGCGAUAACACUGUCUGGGCGAGCCUGACGCCCAGUGAGUUGUGGAAGAACAUUGCCUCUGAGGCCCAGAGCUAUUAUCACUUCACCGUACAGUGUGAAAGUGUGGACCAGGUGGUGGAGAAAUACGCUCUUCAGAAAAUCACGUUGCUGAGAGAAAUUUCUGUCAAAACUGGCAUCCAGAUUUUGAUCAAAGAGUACAACUUUGACAGCCGCCAUAAACCAGCCUUCACAGAGGAGGACAUCCUGAAUAUUUUUCCUGUUGUGAAGCACGUAAACCCGAAAGCCUCAGAUGCCUUCCACUUCUUCCAGAGUGGUCAGGUCAAAGUUCAGCAGGGUUUUCUGAAGGAGGGUUGUGAGCUCAUCAACGAGGCUCUCAACCUCUUCAACAAUGUCUAUGGUGCCAUGCACGUAGAGAUCUGUGCCUGCCUGCGGCUGCUGGCACGCCUUAAUUACAUCAUGGGUGACCAUGCUGAGGCUCUCAGCAACCAACAAAAGGCUGUUCUCAUGAGCGAAAGAGUGCUGGGUAUCGAGCACCCGAACACAAUUCAAGAAUAUAUGCACUUGGCUCUGUACUGCUUUGCCAAUGGCCAGCUGUCGACUGCCCUGAAGUUGCUUUACCGUGCCCGGUACCUCAUGCUGUUGGUUUGUGGGGAGGACCACCCAGAAAUGUCACUGUUAGAUAGUAAUAUUGGUCUAGUGUUACAUGGAGUGAUGGAGUAUGACUUAUCUCUGAGAUUCCUUGAGAACGCGUUGGCCAGCAAUGCAAAAUAUCAUGGACCACGAUCCCUCAAAGUAGCCCUGAGCCAUCAUUUGGUCGCAAGAGUUUACGAGAGCAAAGCUGAGUUCCGCUCGGCUCUCCAGCAUGAAAAGGAGGGCUACACCAUUUACAAGAACCAGGUGGGUGAGGCACACGAGAAGACAAAGGAGAGCUCAGAGUACCUGAAGUAUCUCACCCAGCAAGCAGUGGCUCUGCAGAGAACCAUGAACGAGAUCUACAAAAAUGGCUCCAAUGCCAGCAUCAUGCCCCUCAAGUUCACUGCUCCCAGCAUGACCAGUGUGCUGGAACAGCUCAAUGUCAUCAACGGCAUCAUCUUUAUACCUCUCAGCCAAAAGGAUCUGGAAAAUUUAAAGGCAGAAGUGCAGCGGAGACAGCAACUCCAGGAGCUUGGGAAAAGCGAGGAGCACACUGCAGACAGCCAACUGGAACUAGAUGAUAAAAUUCCCAUUGAUGAUUAACGUCCAACCACUUUCUGCUCCGAGGGAGGCCGUGAUACAACCGAGCCUGUGGACCCAAAGAACCAGGCACUCUAUAACAGCAGCAUUGAAAAGGAAGUGGGGGGGGAUGGGGGGGUCAGCACAGUCAAGAGAACUGUAGGCCUAGAAACAGAGCAGGAAUUUCCUACAAGGUAGGAGGAGAGGGUGGAGAAUGUACACACAAUGUGGAAUCCAAUGUAAAGAGCAACUGAAGAGAACUUGUCAAUGAAGCUGAGCAAAAAAUUACCACGAACUGUUUGGCAUUGCUGCAGCCGCUGGAAAGACCAAGAACGAUCACGACAGUGUAUACCAGAGCCUUAUCCGUUGUACCAUGAUUCAUCAAUGCUGCUGCUCCGCCCUCACUUUUCAUGUUUUACAACCUCCAAGAACCAAUACUUCAGCCACUGACUGUAGCGACUCGCCUCUCAACUUCGCUCCAACUCUCAUUGAGCGCCUACCCCGUCCUCGAGCUCAGGUCUAACUGUGCACUACCGCCGGAACAGUCACUAAAUUUGACUUUUCAUGUUGUGCAUCAGAAUGUAAGUUCCCACCUACAGCAGUGACCCGUCGCUCUCGCACGUCCCUGCUGCCUAACUAAUCCAGUCACCACAUCAGUUACAUAGUGUCGGUGCUUGAGUUGUCUCCUGCUUCCUGUUUCUCUGCAAAAAUGGACGUUGAGCUCUCAAUCAGUCUUGAAGUUUUAUUCACUCGCUAUAUUGUUUAACAAACAUUUGAUCAAGAUGCACAGGAGCGUGAAGAAGGUAUUGCAGAGCUGUUGAUUAAUUUAAGCCACGUGUGUUUUAUAGAAAAUGUAUUAAAUGGGGAAAAGGUGUACAAAUCUCUAAUGGGUUUAGACGCGUACCUGAUGUUGAUGGAAAUGCAGAUUUGAAAACGUCCAUCUUAAGCAGUAGAUGAUAUAAUAGCUGUUUAAUCUAUUUUUACACAUUAAAAGAAAAUGUGCAUGUGUGUACGUGUGUGACGGUGUGCGUCUCUGUGUAUUCCAACAUAAAAUGGAUUGUUGCUGCUGCAAUGUAGUUCCAACGGAUGCUGAUGUUUUAUUUUUGUGUGUGGGGGAAAAAAUCUGCUGGAUGGCUGGUGCUUCUUCUUAAAACAAGGUAAACCCGAUCAUGUACGGAUUUAUAAUGAAAGCAGCUUCAUCACCGUUUAACAGGUGUUCAGCAUCGGCAACCACCACCAAGCAUUUUUCUUUGCCUGCCUCUUAUUGCAUCUUUUCAUUUUGAAUUGGAACAGUCAGGUGUUCACUCGUGAGUAUUUAGUGCACUUUCUCUUGCUGUUUGAACAUGAUUACAGCACUACAUAAAAUGAGAUAAAAGAAGGGCUGCUUCAGUCUGUUGUACCAAAUAAAAUGACAAAGGUGAUAAGAUUUAGCUAUUUCUCUACUCAUGCAAUGUAUCCCU